AGUUAUAUAUAUCUAGAGAUCUAGAUCAACAGCAGCUCACAAGUCCAAAGUCCGCAGUCCGAGUCUGUUGACGGUAGUUCUUUAUAAAAAUAAGUCAUAAGUGCCGCUAGGCCUACCGUUGUGCGAGAUUCAAAAACAUUUCUCUAAGUCCUAUUUCGUGCUGCUCUUUGACACUGACGGUUUCAUGAUGUUCAGCUUAGCCCGCCUCAUCUCAAAGUCAGCUGGUUCCACUGUUGCUGGUGAGGCCAAACAUGUGCCUUCAAAGCUGUCAUUAAUGGCCAGAGCAAUGAGCUCCCAAGUAACUUACGAGUUUGAGACAUUGAAUGUGACUUCUCCUGAGGAAUAUGUCAAACAUGUUGAGCUAAAUCGCCCCAAAAAGAUGAAUGCCAUGAACACAGCCUUUUGGACCGAAAUGAUUGACUGCUUCAAUAAACUAGCUGUGGACCCUGAGUGUCGAGUGGUUAUCCUUUCUGGUGCCGGAAAGAUGUUUACUGCAGGCCUGGAUUUUAACGAUAAUGAGGUGAUGUUGAUUCAGAUGUCAGAUUUGGAUGUAAGCCGAAAAGCAGUUGCAGUGAAAGAAGGUUUACGUCACUUGCAGAACUCUUUUACGUCCAUAGAAAGGUGUAACAAACCAGUGAUCACAGCCAUGCAUCAGGGUUGUAUUGGUGCUGGUGUAGACAUGUCAGCUGCUGCUGACAUCCGUUACUGUACAGAUGAUGCUUGGUUUCAAAUAAAGGAAAUUGAACUUGGAUUAGCAGCAGAUCUGGGCACCCUUCAAAGAUUCCCCAAGAUCAUUGGCAAUGACAGUCUGUGCAGAGAACUUGUGUACACAGCCAGGAAAUUUACAGCAGAAGAAGCAAAGGAUAUGGGAUUUGUCAGUCGCAUAUUCCCUGACAAAGAAGCAAUGAUGGCAGCAACUGUAGAAUUGGCUCAAACUAUUGCUUCAAAAAGUCCUGUUGCCAUCCAGGGGUCAAAGAUCAACAUGGUCUAUUCAAGGGAUCACUCAGUUCCAGAAGGCCUUGAAUACAUGGCCACCUAUAAUAGUGCCAUGCUCCAAUCUGAGGACACAAUGAAAGCUGUCAUGGGUUUGAUGACAAAGGAAACGCCUGUCUUUGCCAAACUAUGAUUUGGAUUUUUUAUAAUGAUUUGACUUUUUUUUCAAUCAAUUCUGAUUUUGUGGUAGAAUAAUGACUGCUUUGGAAAUGUUUUGGUGUAAGCUAUAUGUUAAAAUAAGAAGUCUGUUGCUGAAGAUAAAACACACCAUUGAGAUUACGCUUUUUCCAGAGCUUUGGGGAAUAUUGUCACUUUCGAUCUUCUGAGGGUGAGGAAAUCUGUUCAUUAAAUUUAUUUGAGACAGCUGUAUGGCAGAAGCUAAAGCACUCUUUAUUAGUGCGUUGUUGGGUUUUUUUGUAUUGCAUUUUUUUUUUCAAAUUUGCUGCAGACCAUGUCACUCUAUGAGAAUACUUGUAUGUUACCAUAGUAAGAAAGUGAAACUUGAAGAAUGAGAUUCUAGAUACACAAGUAUUAUUGUGAAUUACAGUAGGGUCCCUGCUUAGAGAAGGAGGUGAUUUUUUUAUGUUUGUAUAAAUCGUUUUUAAACAAUUUUUUUCUUGACAGAGGAAAAUUAAUCCCGGUAUCUGAUUGAAAAAAAAAA